AUGCCAGGCCUCAGAGUCGCUUUCACAGGGGGGUCGGGCAAGGUGGGCCGGCAUGUGAUCAAAGAACUCCUGCGCCACGGUCACCAAGUCAUCAACCUCGACCUCGUCGACCUCGCAUCCUCUUCGUCCAACGACUUCCCCGAGCUGCGGGACGUCCACACCAUAAAAUGCGACCUCACCGACAGCGGCCAGGUCUUCAGCAAUCUCAACACGCACAUGAAACUAGGCGAGCCGUUCCCCGCAGAGACCCCUCGACCUCCUGACGCGGUGAUCCACUUCGCUGGCAUCAACAAGCCGAUGGUCGUAUCUGAUGGAGAGACCUUUCGGAUAAAUGUCAUGAGCACCCACAAUGUGAUCGAGGCGGCUUGUAAGUUGGGUAUCAAGAAGAUCAUCAUUGCGAGCAGCAUCACCGUCUACGGCGUUGCCUUUGGUCAGGGCAAUUUGGAGUAUGCCUCCUUUCCUGUCACCGAGGAAGCAGACUGUAGUCCGACAGAUCCCUACGCGUUGUCGAAACUGUGCGGUGAGCGGAUUGCAAGGAGUUAUGCCGCCAAGUUCGGUGUGGACAUAUACUGCCUGAGAAUCGGCAGGGUGUUCGAACCGGACGAGUAUAACAGCGACGUGUUUCGGGGCUACGUCCGCGAGCCCGAGAGGUGGUUUCAGCAUGGCUGGUCCUACACUGAUGCGAGAGAUCUGGGUCAAAUGUGCCACCGCGGGCUCGAGAAGUCAGGGUUGGGAUUCCAAAUAUUCAACGCCGUCAACGACACCAUCACCAACACCGGCCGAUAUACGUCGCUAUUCCUGGAGGGGUUGUAUCCACAUAUUCCGCAUACGAGAGAGCUGCGCGGGAGAGAAGCCCCCAUCUGCAAUGACAAGAUUCGGCUGGAAUUGGGGUUUGAAGAAGAUCAUGAUUGGACACAUUACUAUCAGUCUGGGGUACACGAUUAG